AUGGACCGCAUGGGCACUCGGGCCGGCGAACCACAGCUCCUACCUCGGGUCACACUGCCCACGUACACGGGUUACGACGACCCGAAAUCGGUGGCUGACUUCCUAGAGGAAAUGGACAGGUAUGUCAGAGCGACCGGUGCCUCGGAAGCACACGUGAUGGCUCGAAACCUGCCGUUGGCUUUACGGGAUGCCGCAGGACGGUGGUGGAGGCUACAAACGCCUUUCACCACUUGGGCAGAAUUUGAACAGCGCUUCCGAGAGGAAUUUCUGCCCCCUGGGUACGAGCUGCGAGUCCAGCGUGAGCUCGAACUAAGAACCCAGCAUCCGGACGAAAGUUUGCUCGAGUACGUCCGGACGAUGCAGGAACUGCAUCGCCGAGCAGCACCGACUGCCUCGGAAAGGGACCAAGUAGCUCGGGUCAUUCGACAGAGUCAUCCCAGAUUCAGGCCCUUUCUUUAUGGGCGCACAUUCGAAACCCUUGAGCACCUCGCACGGGAGCCCCGCGGUGUACAAGACGCCCGGUUAGCUGAGAGCACUUACGUGCCACCGCCAGCGCCGCAAUCUGCUCUUGAGCCGUCACUGGCUUGGCGCGCCACCGCAGCCAGUCCCUCAUGCGACCUGACGAGCCCAGGCGCAUUCACGCCUAUCUCCUCCCGCGCCCUGGACCCCUUCGCCCAUGAGCAAGGGCGGCGCGGGGCCCCUUUGAAUACCGUAUCAGGGGAGCUUCUUGCAGCACAGCAAGGUGAUGGCCUUUGUCGUAAGGUGUCAGAAAAGCUAGCGGCUCGUGAUCCAACUGACACCGGAAGCGACGAGGAGACAGACUGCUACAUGCUCGGAGAAGGAGGCCUCUUGUUCCGGUACUUUCCUCAGGUUGACGAUGAUCUGAAACCAUUUUAUGCACGGCAAGACUCAGCAGCUGAUGAUCCAGAUAUGCCUCACCAGGGCUUGGCCACCCAGUCACCCACACCACCAAGCAAGUGGUACAACCUGCGUCCCCGGUGA